UUUUACUGUUAAAUAUUAACAGUAAUAUGGCAGAAAUAGCCAAUUUUAAAUUAAUUUGUUAAUUUUUUUAAACGCUUAUUCGGUUUUUACAUUCGAAAUCAAUCAGAGAAUUACUCUUAAGUUAAAAGAGUGUUUGCUGAAGUGUUCCAACUUUUUAGUAAUUUGCUGAAUGAAUUUUCCUUUUAAUGUAAACAGAAAAUUAAUCAUUUAUCGAUUUAAAGACACUAUCACUUAGUUCAUCAAACAAUUUAAUCCUUUAAAAAUGGGGAAAAAAAAGGAGGCAGAACCAGAACCUGAACCAGCACCUGAAUCUGAGCCAGAACCAAAGAAACGUGAUAUAGGAAAAUUUUUAAAGAGAUCGGCUCUAAUUGCUAGCGCCGGAGGAUUGGCUGGUGGUGUUGAGUCGCUCAUUGCGUCACCACUUCAAGCAAUUGUAGCAAGAUUAAUUGUUCAACCGAUACUUACUGAUCCAAGAAAAAAAUGUGGCAAUAUAAUAGAUUGCAUGCACAAAAUUCACAGCUCAAAUGGUGCAUAUGGUUUUUAUAAGGAUUUACCAAGUCAAUUAAUUUCUAAUAUACCUAGGAAAGCUAUUCUGUUUUUUACUUAUAAAAGUAUCUAUGAUUAUCUUAUACAAUCACAAGAGAAAGAUAAAGAUAAAGACAAAGAUAAACCGAAAGAAGAGGGUAAAGAAGGCGAUAAAACACCAGACGAGGGGCCUACUACAAGGCAAAUACUCGCACCUUUUAUUGGUGGCGCUAUAGCUGGUUUGGCUGAAGCAUUCAUUGCAAAUCCGUUCGAGACAAUAAGAACAAAUGUACAGGCUAUGAAAUGUAAACAGUGUGUUACAGCGCCUUCGCAAAUGUCAGAACAAGUGUAUACGAAAUUAGUGAGAGAAGGUGGAUUUGGUGGUAAAGGUUUGAAUAAAGGUUUAACGGCAUCACUCUUACGACAUGGUCUGUUCAAUCUAUGUUACUUCGGAUUUUAUCCUAUGAUAAAACCAGCUAUGUGUUGUGGCUAUAACGAGAGAAAAAAAUGCACUACUAACAAUUAUACUUGUACAUUUUAUGCGGCCUUUUUAUCUGGCGUUAUUGGAAGCAUAGUAUCUUCUCCAUUCCACAUUGCUCAGACGCGAUUACAAGCACCGCACAAUGAAAAUCAACUUUGCAGAUAUCAUACUGCAUUCCAAACUUUAAAAGUGGUACAGCGAGAAGAAGGCAUUCAUGCUCUUUGGAGAGGAUUGUUAUCACGAAUGUUACGCUAUGGAAUUGGAGGUGGCGCUUUAAUGGUUGCAUACGAAUUCUUUCAUAACAAAAUUGUAGAGUCACCAGAACCUCCAAAAGAACCUGAAAAGGAAUCAGAACCACCACCACCGGAAGAAGAUCUUAAAGCUAAAAAAGGAGGCAAAAAGAAGAAAAAGCGAUUAUACUAAAUGACACCAGUGAAAAAUAUUGACGCAUUUACGGAUUUUUUUACUAUGCUAUAUCUCAUUUAUUGUUUGGAACUAAGUUACAUAAAAUGGAUGAAUUAUCGAAAAUAAUAUAUCGAAAAAAACUGAAUAAGUGUUUAAAUUUUAAUAAAAACGAAUAAAUUGUUCACAUAUA